AUUUGAAAAGUGCUGUGAUUUUCGAAUAAAAGCGUUGUAAACUGGAAAACGGCGACAGUUUGCCAACGGCUACGUAGCGCGAAAUAUUAAAAAAAAACUCUCUCUGAGUGAAAGCUUUUACGCUUGAUCUAACGGUAGACGUGUGCAAAAAACAGAAUAGAAGCAAAUUAACACUAAAAAACUGAAACAAGUGCAGUGACAAAGGAUUAUUUACUUUUGAAAUUUUAAAUAAUUUUUAGUGAAAUAGAAAAGAAAAUUUAAUUGUAACUCUGUGCUUGUGACUACUUUUCGAAUUUCAAUUUCAAUAAAAUUUAAAAAUAACACACGACAAUUAUGAUUUGUCCGAAGCGCACCGCUGAAUUGAUCACACUCCAUUUGGCACCCUUUAAGGACACUGAUCCUGCUUGGGAGAUCGGCGUUUCGAAGAUAGCUGGACGCGGCAUUUUCGCCACACGCGACAUCAAACGCGGCGAUGUGAUCUUUCGCGACAGUCCGUUGUUGAUCGGUCCUUCUGCGCGCGCCGAGGAUACGCUCAACUCGUGUUCGAUCUGCUUCAAAAUAUUGCCCGAUACCAAGUUUAUGUGUCGCCAGGGCUGCGGUUUGCCUGUCUGCUCACUGUGCGGCAAAAAGCAACAACACAAAACCGAUUGUACACUCUUCAAAUCGUGGAAACCCUGCGAACCGGAUGUGGCCAACUCGUUGCUGAUUCGUUUGUUGUGCGUCGGACGUGCCAUCAAUUUGACCAAGGAUCAGCGUGAUCUCAUUUAUUGCUUGCAAGCGAAUUUGGAUAAUAAUCAUCGUACUGAAGUGCGCAAUGCCGCCAAGGGUUUUAAUGAAUUCCCCACCGACAAAAAAGUGAUCGAGAUUAUGAAUCGCACUGUUGCUGUGUUGCGUACGAAUGGCUUCGAUGAGACCGCCGAUCGUUCCAAUGAUAAUGAAGAGUUUCUCUAUCGCGCUUUAUUCCCCCUAUUCGCUGUCAUGAAUCACGAUUGCAUUCCUAAUUCCUAUUACAUGUUCGAGGAGAAGACCAGAAAUAUGGUGGUGCGCGCCUCGGUGGAUAUACCCGCUGGCGCGGAGAUCACCACCACAUAUACGAAAUUGUUUACGGGCAAUAUUGCACGUCAUUUGUUUUUGAAAAUGAAGAAAGGAUUCACCUGCAAGUGCUCGCGUUGCUCUGAUCCAACAGAAAAAGGCGCCUUCAUUUCCGCACUCUACUGUCGCGAUACGAACUGCACCGGCCUUGCCGUACCCGAGACCACCGGUCUGCCGCAUCCCAAUUGGAAUUGCUUGGUUUGCAAACAGAAAUCGACGCAUGCACAAAUGAUCAAGUCACAAGAUUUCGCUUCAGGCGCGAUUAGUUCGAAAUUCAACUCGAAGUCACUCAAAUCGGUCGUACUCUAUUUGAGAGACAAGAGCUCCAGCUUCAUACCGGACAGCAAUUAUGUUGUAAUCGAUGCCAAACUACAAGUAAUUGCGCGCAUGUCGAAGAGUCGAGAGGAUUGCGAAGAUGACGAAGUGGCGGCAAAGACGAAGUUCUGUGAAGAUAUACUGGAGAUUAUGGACAAGCUGGGACUGGGCGAUUGCGUGAUGCGUAGCUAUCUGGAGGCUGAAAAGGCGAAGGAGGUGAAGUAAAGCGGACGAGCGGUGAAAAAGUUUGGAUUGAAGCUCCGCUAGAAAUGAGCUGCAAAAUAUAUUUAUAUAUAUAAGUUAAUUCUGAAAAAAUGUUGCUAGCAUAUUUAUAAUAUUAAAAAAAAUAUUUUCGAAUUUAUUAUAAUAUAUUUUCAAUAAUUUUUUCUUAAAAUUUUUAUUUUUUUUUUUUGUUAAAAAUAUGUUUUAGAAAAUUUACUCUACGCUGCAAAGACACGCUGACACAGUUUUUAAGUAAA